UUGAAAACAAAAUUGACCUUAAAAAUUGCUCGGUCGCAAAAUAAACAGAUGGGAAAUUCACCCCGUGGGCGCGUAUGUAGACCACGUUGCCCGAUUGACCACAGCCAAUUAUAUCGACCUGUGCCUAGGGUAACUAGCAACGAUUGACCAAUCGGAGAGUCCUAUUUUGAAUUGGCCAAUUGGUGACGUGGUCAAUCGGGUUGGGUGACACUCGACGCUCUGCUGUCGACCAAACUACGAUCAACUAUAAUUUUACCAGCGGCAUUAAAUGCAUUGCGACACAGUUGCUGCUGAUUAAAGUGAAAUGUCAAAUAUUUCAUAGAAACAUAACUAUAACCUUCAGGACUUCCAAAUAAGAUUCGUCGUAGAUAGGAUUAGUUGUGUGUACAGAUAUCUUUAUUAAGCAUUCAGAAUGGAUCAGAUGCUUCCUAGUCCUGGCUUUAGCAUACCCAGCAUUGGUACACCUCUGCAUCAACCGGAGGAGGAUCAACAGAUCUUGCCAAAUGCUAUACAACAGCAACAGUCGCAACAGUAUCAGCAACUGCAUCAACUGCACUCAAUGAGUCCUAAUAUGCAAAGCGGCAUGUUAAUGAUAACAACGCCGCAAAAAAAUAUGCAUACAUAUGCUCCAACUCCGACUUUUGCGACACCACAAAGUCUCAUGCAGCCGCAAACACCGCAAAAUAUGAUGUCUCCAAUAGUACCACAAAGUAAUCAAAUAGCACCGCCAUCAAUAGGUCCUGCAACUCCAGGACCAAUGACACCAAUGACACCAGCUUCUGCAGAUCCUGGAAUAUUACCACAAUUACAGAAUAUUGUGUCUACGGUCAAUUUAAAUUGCAAGCUUGAUUUGAAGAAAAUAGCACUUCAUGCUAGAAAUGCUGAGUACAAUCCUAAAAGAUUUGCGGCUGUUAUAAUGCGAAUAAGAGAACCAAGGACUACUGCGCUGAUAUUUAGUAGUGGUAAAAUGGUUUGUACUGGGGCCAAGAGCGAGGGAGAUUCGCGACUCGCUGCGAGAAAGUACGCGAGAAUUAUUCAAAAGUUAGGUUUUCCUGCAAAGUUCAUAGAUUUUAAGAUCCAGAAUAUGGUUGGCAGCUGUGAUGUUAAGUUUCCAAUUAGAUUAGAAGGUUUAGUACUCUCGCAUGGGCAGUUUUCGUCGUACGAACCAGAGUUAUUUCCAGGUCUGAUAUACAGGAUGGUCAAGCCUCGGAUCGUAUUGCUUAUAUUCGUUUCAGGGAAAGUAGUAUUAACAGGUGCAAAAAUUCGCAAGGAAAUUUAUGAAGCCUUUGAUAACAUUUAUCCAAUUCUCAAAAGUUUUAAGAAACAGUGA